CUGUCUCCAAAUGGAGAGUGGUCUUUUUUCUCAUCUAUUGAAUCUCAGAGUUCGCCGUGUUGCGCGGCCCAAGGGAAGACCACAUAGAACACACAGAAUGCUACGACCAUCGAACGUUCCAAGCGGCGGUUUUGUAGAUGGGAAUCGAUGUUUCCACUUUGCCUUUUAAAGAUAAAUCACUUUUUUGAAGAGAAACGGUGAAUGUGCGAAGCGGUGGAGACCUCCGGAUCAACGAAAUGUUGGGAUGGAAGGUGCAGACUUUGACUCGCCGUCUCCAACAGGAGUAUGAAGUACUUUACGGGUGUGAGAUCACCGAGAGUGAAACUUUUUUGCCUUGGGACAUUACUACACGCUUUCGGGGAAAUAUUAUAACGUGUAAAAGCAGAACCAGCGCGAAGUCUCCGCAACAUGGCCUCGGCUGCUAAUGCCUCCUCCGAGCAGGAAAACAGGGACCCCGAUCGGCCGAGGAUAACGCGGAGGAACAGGGGGAACUAUCGCACAACAGCGCCGGAUUUGGAGUAUUUGCAGCGACCAAGUUACUGCGAUGCAGCUUUCGCCUUGGAGCAAAUAUCCGAGGGGAAGGCGACUGGAAGAAAAGCACCGCUGUGGCUGAGAGCGAAGUUUCAGAGACUCUUGUUUAAGUUGGGCUGUUACAUACAAAAGAACUGCGGAAAGUUUUUGGUUGUGGGCCUCUUGAUAUUCGGAGCUUUCGCUGUUGGCUUACGGGCGGCGAAUCUGGAAACCGACGUGGAGAAACUCUGGGUAGAAGUGGGCGGCAGGGUGAAUCAGGAGCUGAAGUACACGCGUCAGAAGAUGGGCGAGGAGGCCAUGUUCAGUCCCCAGCUGAUGAUCCAGACGCCGCGCCAGGAGGGCGCUAAUGUGCUCACUGUGGAGGCGCUACAACAACACCUGGAUUCCGCUAUCAGGGCCAGCCGAGUGCACGUUUACCUCUUUAACAGACAAUGGAAAUUGGAACAUUUAUGCUACAAAUCAGGAGAACUUGUUACCGAAGCUCAUUUUAUGGACCAGAUUAUUGAGAAGCUGCACCCCUGUCUCAUCAUCACGCCCCUGGACUGUUUCUGGGAGGGAGCCAAGCUCCAGUCUGGAAUGGUCUACCUCCCCGGAAAGCCCCCUCUGCAGUGGACCAACUUUGACCCCAAGGAGUUCCUAACGGAGCUGCGGACUCUGAAGUUUCAGGUGGACAGCUGGGAGGAGAUGCUGGAGAAGGCUGACGUGGGACACGGCUACAUGGACCGACCCUGUCUCAACCCCCAAGACCCCGACUGUCCCCUCACUGCUCCCAACAAGAACACCACCAAGCCCUUUGACGUGGCUCGCGUCCUGACUGGCGGAUGCCAUGGCCUCUCCAGGAAGUACAUGCACUGGCAGGAAGAGCUGAUCGUAGGGGGGACCACCAAGAAUGGCACCGGACCACUACUCAGUGCCCAGGCAUUACAGACCAUGUUCCAGCUGAUGACUCCUAAGCAGAUGUUUGAGCACCUGAAGGGCUAUGAGGAGGUGUCCCAUAUCAACUGGAACCAAGACAAGGCCGCAGCCAUACUGGAGGCCUGGCAGAGGAAAUACUCGGAGGCGGUACAGCAGAGUGUAGCCGCCAACUCGUCUCAGAAGGUUUUGUCGUUUACCACCACCACUCUGGAAGACAUCCUCAAGUCUUUCUCCGAUGUCAGCGUCAUACGAGUGGCCAGCGGCUACCUGCUGAUGUUGGCCUAUGCUUGUCUGACCAUGCUACGUUGGGACUGUGCUAAGUCUCAGGGAGCUGUAGGACUGGCCGGUGUCCUCUUGGUGGCGCUGUCUGUGGCUGCAGGCCUGGGGCUCUGCUCUCUGUUGGGAAUAUCCUUCAACGCUGCCACCACACAGGUGCUUCCGUUCCUGGCACUAGGUGUGGGUGUGGAUGACGUGUUUCUCCUGGCCCACGCCUUCAGUGAGACGGGACAGAACAAGAGGAUCCCCUUUGAGGAUAGACCGUACGGGGAGUGCUUGAAGAGGACAGGAGCGAGUGUAGCUCUCACCUCGAUCAGCAACGUCACUGCUUUCUUCAUGGCAGCUCUCAUCCCUAUACCUGCCCUACGAGCCUUCUCUCUGCAGGCUGCGGUGGUGGUGGUGUUUAACUUUGCCAUGGUGCUGCUCAUCUUCCCUGCCAUCCUCAGUAUGGACCUGUAUCGCAGAGAGGACCGCCGCUUUGACAUCUUCUGCUGCUUCUACAGCCCGUGUGCUAACAGGGUGAUCCAGAUCGAGCCCCAGGCUUACCUGGACGGAGCAGACGGUAGUCACUACAGCCCCCCUCCUACCUCCUUCCGCACCCCCCCUCCCUCCUACAGCAGCCAUGGUUUCUCCCAGCAGACUCAGAUCACCAUGCAGUCUACCGUCCAGCUGAGGACAGAGUACGACCCCAGGACUCAGGCCUUCUACACUACAGCCGAACCCAGGUCCCAGAUCUCCGUACAACCGUUUACACCCGCAGCCACCGGCCCCGCCAGCAACCCCAACGCCAGUCACGGUGUUCAUGGCAACAACAACCACCAUAGCAACCAUCACAGCCGGAGUGGGAGUAGCAGUAGUCACGGCAACCUGAACAACAACAACGGUAGCCGUGGUUCCGGCUCAGUCCCGUUCCCUCCUCCCCCGGCCUCCUCUGGCGUUCCCCCUGUCUCCCCCCAGGCGGGGGAGGGGGUGUGUGUGACGGGGGAGAGUGCCAGCUCCACCAGGGAUCUGCUGUCUCAGUUUGGAGAGGCCUCUCUGGGGCUGCGCUGUCUGGAGCCCCCUUGCUCCCGAUGGACCCUGGCCUCCUUCGCAGAGAAACACUACGCCCCCUUCCUACUGCAGCCAACCACCAAGGUGGUAGUCAUCCUGCUGUUCCUGGUCCUGCUGGGGGUCAGUCUGUACGGGACCACACGGGUACGGGACGGGCUGGAGCUGACCGACAUCGUUCCCAGGGAGACCAGCGAGUACGACUUCAUCGGGGCCCAGUUCAAGUUCUUCUCCUUCUACAACAUGUACGUGGUGACCCAGCGGGCGGAGUACUCCCAGGCGCAGCCCCUGCUCUACCAGCUGCACUUCCGCUUCAACACGAUCCGCUACGUACUGAGGGAGGACAACGGCCAGCUGCCACUCAUGUGGCUCCACUACUUCAGGGACUGGCUGCAAGGUCUGCAGGCAGCGUUUGAUCAGGACUGGGAGGCGGGUCGGAUCACACAGAGCAGCUACAGGAACGGUUCAGACGACGGGGUCCUGGCCUACAAAUUGCUGGUACAGACCGGACGCAGGGACAAGCCCAUCAACUUCAACCAGCUGACGAGGCAGCGCUUGGUGGAUGCGGAUGGCAUCAUCAACCCGGGGGCGUUUUACAUCUACCUGACGGCGUGGGUCAGCAACGACCCGGUGGCGUACGCAGCCUCGCAGGCCAACAUACGGCCACACCCCCCGGAGUGGCUCCACGACCGCACAGACUCCAUGCCCGAGACACGCCUCAGCAUUCCUGCCGCCGAGCCCAUCGAAUACGCACAGUUCCCCUUCUACCUCAACGGGCUCCGCGAGACCCCCCAGUUUGUGGAGGCCAUCGAGUCGGUGCGGGCCAUCUGCAGUAACUACAGCCGCCAGGGCCUGCCCAGCUACCCCAACGGCUACCCCUUCCUCUUCUGGGAGCAGUACGUAGGCCUCAGACACUGGCUGCUUCUCUCCAUCAGCGUGGUGCUAGCCUGCACCUUCCUCGUCUGUGCCCUCUUCCUGCUCAACCCUUGGACCGCCGGUAUCAUCGUGCUGGUCCUGUCUCUGAUGACCGUGGAGCUGUUUGGUAUGAUGGGGCUGAUAGGGAUCAAGCUCAGUGCUGUUCCUGUGGUCAUCCUCAUCGCCUCUGUGGGCAUCGGAGUAGAGUUUACUGUCCAUGUGGCUCUGGCAUUCCUCACAGCGAUAGGGGACCGUAACAGGCGGGCAGUGCUGGCGUUAGAACACAUGUUUGCUCCGGUUUUGGACGGAGCCUUUUCUACUCUACUAGGAGUCCUCAUGCUGGCAGGCUCCGAGUUUGACUUCAUCGUCAGGUAUUUCUUUGCUGUGCUGGCCAUCCUGACAGUUCUGGGAGUGCUGAAUGGUUUGGUCCUUCUUCCUGUGUUGCUGUCCUACUUCGGCCCCUACCCAGAGGUGACCCCUGUGGAUGGGCGUAGCCGGUUACCCACCCCUUCCCCGGAGCCUCCUCCUCACGUGGUACGCUUCUCAGUCCGCCCACGCCACACCACCUCCGGCACGGGCACAGGAACGGGCUCUGACUCGUCCGACUCUGAGUACAGCUCCAACACCACGGGAUCAGGCAUCAGCCAGGAGCUGCAGCAGUACGACCUCCCUGCCACUAGGGGCAGAGCUGGGAGAACAGAGGACAUGCAGUACGGCACCCAGACCAGCAGGGGCAGAGCUGUUAGAACAGAGGAGGUGCGACUAGGAGCAGGGCCAAGAAGGACAGCUAGACAAGGAGACGCCACGGCCUACUCUGUGUCUUCUUCGGUCCUGCCGGAGUCAGGGGCCCACCCUGGUACAUCCCGUCGCUUCAGCAAAAGGGACCUACAGUCGCUGCCCCCAGCACGCCCGCGCAUGGACGCUUUUGAGGACGCUACCGAGGCUGGAGGCCAUUACAGCUCCGGAGGCCAUUUUGGCUCGGGCGGCCACAGAGAACGCUCCGCGGGGCACAGGACCCGUCCAUCCCACAACCCCCGGCCCAAUCACCACCAACCUCACCACCCUAACCCCGCCCCUACUUACUGUCAGCCAAUCACCACGGUAACGGCCUCUGCGUCGGUUACCGUCGCCGUCCACUCUGCCCCUCCCCCCACUCAGAGCCCCACUUCCUCUUACCCAGGACACACUGCAGCAAACAGUUACCACACAGCAGGCGGCGCAGAGCCGGUGCCUGCCUUCCAGGACCCCCAUGUGCCACUGGAGGUCCAUAUCAGCCGCAGAGGAACCAAGAUGGAGGCCAUGGAGCUCCAGGAUGUGGAGUGUGAGGCAGCUGAGAGCGACUGUGGCAAGAGGGCAAGCUGAGUGGAGGAGAGCAGAAGUACAACGGCCAAAGAUGACUCCCUCUCUCACUCAGCGGCCCCCAGCGCAGCGACACGCAUAACUCAGUGGUGGCUAUCGCCAUGGUGCUCAACCCUACUGGAACCCAGUGGUGGCUAUCGCCAUGGUGCUCAACCCUACUGGAACCCAGUGGUGGCUAGCGACAUGGUGCUCAACCCUACUGGAACCCAGUGGUGGCUAUCGCCAUGGUGCUCAACCCUACUGGAACCCAGUGGUGGCUAUCGCCAUGGUGCUCAACCCUACUGGAACCCAGUGGUGGCUAGCGACAUGGUGCUCAACCCUACUGGAACCCAGUGGUGGCUAUCGCCAUGGUGCUCAGCCCUACUGGAACCCAGUGGUGGCUAUCGCCAUGGUGCUCAACCCUACUGGAACCCAGUGGUGGCUAGCGACAUGGUGCUCAACCCUACUGGAACCCAGUGGUGGCUAGCGCCAUGGUGCUCAACCCUACUGGAACCCAGUGGUGGCUAUCGCCAUGGUGCUCAGCCCUACUGGAACCCAGUGGUGGCUAUCGCCAUGGUGCUCAUCCCUACUGGAACCCAGUGGUGGCUAGCGACAUGGUGCUCAACCCUACUGGAACCCAGUGGUGGCUAGCGACAUGGUGCUCAACCCUACUGGAACCCAGUGGUGGCUAGCGCCAUGGUGCUCAACCCUACUGGAACCCAGUGGUGGCUAUCGCCAUGGUGCUCAACUCUACUGGAACCCAGUGUUGGCUAGCGCCAUGGUGCUCAACCCUACUGGAACCCAGUGGUGGCUAGCGACAUGGUGCUCCAUCCUACUGGAACCCAGUGGUGGCUAGCGACAUGGUGCUCAACCCUACUGGAACCCAGUGGUGGCUAGCGACAUGGUGCUCAACCCUACUGGAACCCAGUGGUGGCUAUCGCCAUGGUGCUCAACCCUACUGGAACCCAGUGGUGGCUAGCGCCAUGGUGCUCAACCCUACUGGAACCCAGUGGUGGCUAGCGACAUGGUGCUCAACCCUACUGGAACCCAGUGGUGGCUAGCGACAUGGUGCUCAACCCUACUGGAACCCAGUGGUGGCUAGCGACAUGGUGCUCCAUCCUACUGGAACCCAGUGGUGGCUAGCGCCAUGGUGCUCAACCCUACUGGAACCCAGUGGUGGCUAGCGCCAUGGUGCUCAACCCUACUGGAACCCAGUGGUGGCUAGCGCCAUGGUGCUCAACCCUACUGGAACCCAGUGGUGGCUAGCGCCAUGGUGCUCAACCCUACUGGAACCCAGUGGUGGCUAGCGACAUGGUGCUCCAUCCUACUGGAACCCAGUGGUGGCUAGCGCCAUGGUGCUCAACCCUACUGGAACCCAGUGGUGGCUAGCGACAUGGUGCUCAACCCUACUGGAACCCAGUGGUGGCUAUCGCCAUGGUGCUCAACCCUACUGGAACCCAGUGGUGGCUAUCGCCAUGGUGCUCAACCCUACUGGAACCCAGUGGUGGCUAGCGACAUGGUGCUCAACCCUACUGGAACCCAGUGGUGGCUAGCGCCAUGGUGCUCAACCCUACUGGAACCCAGUGGUGGCUAGCGCCAUGGUGCUCAACCCUACUGGAACCCAGUGGUGGCUAGCGACAUGGUGCUCAACCCUACUGGAACCCAGUGGUGGCUAGCGCCAUGGUGCUCAACCCUACUGGAACCCAGUGGUGGCUAGCGACAUGGUGCUCAACCCUACUGGAACCCAGUGGUGGCUAGCGACAUGGUGCUCAACCCUACUGGAACCCAGUGGAUGUUUGUUUCAGAUAUCUCUAUUCAUAUUUAAAAGAUGUACACUCAUGUAAAUAUGAAAACAAAAAUAGCUAUAAUUUAGGAGCUGUACAACUCCUUUUUUAAACAGACUGGGGACGUCAUUUUGUAUGGCGUGUGUGUGUGUGUGUGUGUGUGCGUGUGCGCGUGCGUGUGUGUGUGUGUGUGUGAAAUCUCUGAUUACUGUUCACUCAUCUGUGGAUCUGUGCCAUGAGGAAACUUCAUCUAGACAAUACAUUUCAGCAUACAUUGUUGCUGCUUAAGAUAUUUUGGUAAUGAUGUAUGAUACUUGUGUAUAAUAACUUGUAUAAUAAUUCUAUGCAAAUGUUUCUUUUACGUUAUAAAGAGGUGAGCGAGUGUGCAAAGGUGAUUGUGUGUUUGCGUGUGUGUGUGUGUGUGUGUGUGUGUGUAAAUCAUCAGAUCCAUCUCUCAAGAAACAGGCUAACGAUCACGUCAUGUGAAGCGUUACACAAUAACUACACGGAGAUUGUGUGUGUGUGUGUGUGUGUACGUGCGUGUGUGUAUGUUUGUGUAUAAAGGUACGCUUUUUUUUUUUAACGGUUAAUUUGCUUAUCACAAACCUGUGGUAGUUAUGAAACAAUUACUGUUGAACUCUGACUCACGCUAUGCGUGCUAUUUAAGACGAGCAGAUUAUGAAGAAGAUAUACAGCUGUGUUGUUUGUGACUGUCCCUCCGUAGUAGCGUCCGCAUCGUCUCUGCUCUGAGCUCUUGUGUUGCUGUCUGGUUGCCUGGGGGAUUGUUUUACUGUAAAAGGCCAUGCGUGCCUUGGCUGUCCCUCGGACUCAAUUACCCAUCUCCCCUUUUCUCUGGUGAUGUCAUAGCUCUCGGCAGCCAUCUUGUAGUAGCAUGAGUGGGCGUAAAAGUAUCACUCCCGUUGCUAAUGAAUAUUACAGUUGGAGUACAAAACCCAUGGUGGCUAGUCAAAGCCAUUAUGGAGGAUGUUUUUGUGUUGUUUUUUUGUUUUGUUUCUCGUGAAUGUAACUUCUGUUAUUCUAACUGUAAAUAUACUGUACUUGUCAAAAGUUUGGACACACCUACUUAUUCAAGGUUUUUCUUUAUUUGUACUAUUUUCUACAUUGUAGAAAAAUAGGAAUACAUCCAAACUAUGAAAUAACACAUAUGGAAUCACGUAGUAACUCAAAAAGUGUUAAACAAAU